UCAGAAACAGCAUAAAAGAUUGCCAAACGUACCAAAGAUAAGCCACUACAAUCUUAUCUACCACUCUUUCAAAGAUGUAUCUUCCACUCUUCAUCCUUUCUCUCCUCGUUUCGCUUUACCCGGCUAGCGCAGGGGACUUCUGCGUAGCAGAUUUGAACCUUCCUGACGGACCAGCAGGGUACUCGUGCAAGAGCCCUGCUAAGGUCACAGCUGAUGAUUUUGUUUACCAUGGUUUAGCCGCUGCUGGCAAUACUAGCAACCUCAUCAAAGCUGCCGUGACACCAGCAUUCUCUGCUCAAUUCCCUGGUGUUAAUGGCCUUGGAAUAUCCAUUGCUCGUCUAGAUAUCGCCGUUGGUGGUGUUAUUCCCAUGCACACUCACCCCGGUGGCUCUGAAAUCUUGGUUGUUAUUCAAGGCCAAAUUUGUGCAGGAUUUGUUUCUUCAGCUAACUCUGUGUACAUUAAGACACUUAACAGGGGUGAUGUGAUGGUUUUCCCACAAGGGUUACUUCAUUUCCAAAUCAAUUCUGGUAAAUCACCAGCUAUUGCUUUUGUUAGCUUCAGUGACCCAAGUCCUGGACUUCAAAUCACUGAUUUUGCAUUGUUUGCAAACAGUCUUCCUACCGAAAUCGUUACAACAACAACAUUCCUUGAUAAAGCUACAGUGAAGAAGCUCAAGGGUGUUCUUGGUGGUACCAAUUAAUUGGUUAACUUUGUUAGCCAUGCUAUAAAUUUAUUCAGUUGUGAUUCUAGAAAUUGAACAAAAUGGAACGAAGGAACCCUAAUAACUUGUACUGUUUGUUCGUUUUUUUGUUUGUUUAGAUGUAAUGCAUUGUUGGUUGUUGUAUUUGUUUUCAGAAUUUGUUGGAAAGCAUGUUUUUUUCCUUUAA